AUGUCUGAGGUCAACAUUGGGAAGCGCCAGGAAAAGUGUGAGAACUGCACCAAGCAGUGCAACAAGAAACAGAGCAACAACGAUGGUGUCAGUUCAACACAAGAUAGAGAGCAAGUCAACGGAAGGGCUUUGUUCCAUCAGGAGAAGGAGUUGUUGCUGAGCGCCUGCCUAUCCUGCGACGGCUGUAUUUCCGAGGGAGAGAGCCUGAAGAUCUCGCAGCAGAACUUGGAGGAGAUGGAGCGGGUGUUGGCCCUAAACAAAAAAUGCGACGUGGCAAAGCACAAGGUGGUGGUGGCGUCGGUGUGUCCGCAAUCGCUUCCGUUCUUUGCCGUCAAACUCGGCAUGGACGUCGCGGAGGCCGCCGCUAAACUUUGCGCUUUUCUCAAGAGCUUGGGGGUGCAGUUUGUGUUUGAUACCACUCUAGCAGCAGGAUUUAGCAUCAUAGAGAGCCAAAAGGAAUUUAUUCAGAGGUAUCGCAGGAGGCACCAUGACUCCAAUGCCUUGCCUAUGUUCACCUCCUCCUGCCCAGGUUGGAUUCGCUAUUCGGAGCGCGUCCUCGGGAGUUUGGUCACGCCUCACAUCUGCACAGCAAGGUCUCCGCAGCAAAUUAUGGGAUGUCUUGUCAAAGACUACUUUUCUAAACAGCAGAAGCUCAACGCUGACAAGGUUUACCAUAUCGUGGUGGCUCCCUGCUUCGACAAAAAACUGGAGGCUGUCCGAGAAGAGUUUUACAACAGUCUGCUGGAGAGCAGAGAUGUGGACUGUGUCCUCACCUCAGGGGAAAUUUACUACCUCAUGCAGCAGAAGAAGGUCUCUAUUGAGGAGCUAGACUCUCUUCCGUUGGACCAUGUGCUCGGAGAAGGUGGGGACUUGACGCUGGUUCGCCAUGAAGGUCGCGGUUCUGAGGGUUUUCUGGAACACGUGUUUAAACACGCCGCCAAGGAACUAUUUGGUCUGGACGUUCACGAGAUCACAUACCAGACGCUUAGGAACCGUGAUUUUCAAGAGGUGACGCUCGAGAGAGAUGGCGAAACGCUGCUUCAGUUCGCGGCCGUUUACGGUUUUAGGAACAUCCAGACUCUGGUGCAUCGCAUGAGGAAGGGACGAGUGCCUUACCAGCUGGUGGAAGUGCUGUCAUGUCCAGGAGGGUGCUUAAGUGGCCGCGGUCAAGCCGAGAACAAGACGGCAGGUCGCGUGGAUAAAAUCCUGGUCCAGCAGAUGGAAGAAGUCUACAACAGCUUGCCCGUCAGCCUCCCGGAGCUCAACCCAACUUUGCAGACGCUCUAUCAAGACUGGCUCGAGGGCCAAGAUUCUCCGCAGACCUGCAAGCGACUACAUACCCAGUACCGGAGUCAAAAUCAGAGCCCUUUACAGCCACCACACAUGCAGUGGUGA